CAAGAACAAUGGCUGCCAGCAGUGUUUCUUCAGAGAUCGUAGAAAGAGAACGGAAAAAGAUACUUGAAAUCCUCCAACUAGAUCCUGAUUCUGUCUUAGAUACAUUAACCUCCCGGGGGCUGAUUUCUGAGGAAGAGUAUGAGACUCUGGAGAAUGUUGCAGAUCCCCUGAGGAAAAGUCGAAAGCUGUUAAUUUUGAUACAAAAAAGGGGAGAGGUGAGCUGUCAGCAUUUUCUCAAAUAUUUACUUAGUACUUUUCCAGAGUCAGCUACCGUUUGUGGCUUACAGCACGAAUUUUUAGAACAUGAGGAUAUAGAACCUCUUCAAUCUAUAGGGAUAAGCAAGAAUUCAGAAGAUAUUUUUUCCUCUGGAGAGAAAAAGGCCGAGAAUCCUGAAAUCACAGUGUUCUUCAAAGAGAAGGAACAUCUGGAUAUGGGAAUCUCUGAAUCCCUCAGGGACACGAAAACUAGUUAUAAGGAAGCUGUUGGGUCCUCAAGGGAAAACGAGGAGGAAUACAACACAGGGAAAGUCAUAUCGCCUCAUUUAGUUGAGAACGUUAAAUACAAAAUUCCAGCAACUAUCAAGUAUAUACAGGAUGGACAGCGAUAUGAGGAGCCAGAUGAUUCUUUGUACUUAGGAAAAGAGGAAUAUUUAGAAUUUGUUGGACACUCUGAAGAUGUAAAAAUCUCUGUGGAAGAAGAGGAUUCCAGCGAUUUAGAGCAUAGUGUCUAUGAUGGCAAAGAGGGCCCUGCAUACCCAGAAACCUCCCAGUUCUCUGAUGAAGAACAGAAUUAUGAGGAUUCAGAAACCGGAAUGUCAUUGGAGGAGGACAAGGAGGAGGAGGAAAGGAUGGAAGAUGAGCUCCAAAGAAAAAAGGUGUGUAAAGAUGUCCUGUCAUGUUUGAACAUGGAUAGGAGCAGAAAGCUUCUGCCAGAUGUUGUCAAACAAUUCUCCUUAGAUCGAGGAUGUAUGUGGACACCAGAGACUCCAGGAGACUUAGCCUGGAAUUUCCUGAUGAAAGUUCAAGCGCUGGAUGUGACAGCCAGAGAUACGAUCCUCAGACACAAGGUUCCACGUGAGGGUAACGAAGAGGAACUGCUGGCCGGAGUGGAGAAUCUGGAAAUUAGAGACAUACAAACCAUUAAUCCCUUUGAUGUUCUUUGUGCCUCUAUGCUCUGUUCAGAGAGCUCGUUGCAACGCGAAGUCAUGUCAAACAUGUAUCAGUGCCGGUUUGCUCUUCCCCUGCUCCUGCCAGAUGCAGAAAACAACAAAAGCAUCUUAAUGCUGGGGGCCAUGAAGGGCAUUGUGAAGAAAUGGUCAACACAGUCUUCAGGAGGCCCCACAGGGGAUACAGAAAACUGUCUGACUCUCAUGAAAAUACCUGUCAUCUCUUUUGUGCGCCUCGGAUACUGUAGCUUCUCCAAGUCCAGAAUCCUCAACAUGCUGCUUAGCCCUGACCAACUAAAAUCACACAAAAUCUUUCUCCAUCAGGAUUUUACUGUUCCAGUGUUGCCCCGGCAAAUCUCUGACGGUCUGGUAGAGAUAAUGUGGCAUUUUCCUGAUAGUGAUGGUCUAAAGGAAAAUCCUAGUGUGUUCCAAAAGCCUGUUGCUCUGGCCAAUCUUCGUGGAGAUCUAGAAAGGUUUUGGACUCAGUUUGGUUUCUUGGUGGAAGUUUCCUCAGCUGUGUUUUUUUUCACUGACUACCUAGGUGAGAAGGAGUGGGACUUGCUCAUGUUUUUAGGAGAAGCUGCCAUGGAGAGAUUCUACUUUGUCCUCAGUCCUCAGGCCCAGAAGAGUGAAGAGACACAGCUUUUCCAGAGGGCUCUGAAGUUGAAGCCAUCACAACUACUGUUUUGGGAAGGGGAAGAAGCUGGGGAGAGCGGGAAGAAUAUUGGGGGUCUUCAAGCUGCUCUCCAGGAAGUGAUGUCCUCUUCACUCAGAUGUGUGUCCAUGGAGGACAUGGGCUCCCUGGCCAGGGAGCUGGGAAUCCAGGUAGACGAAGACUUCGAGAAUGUUCAGGGGCUUCAAACUCCCACUAGUGAAAAUUUGUCUGGAACAGUUAAUGAUGAGAGACAACAAAGACAUAGUCAGUCAGAAAGCUCAUGUGACAGCCCAGCUGUGAUGUCUGUAAGAGAGCCUGGGGCUAUACAGAAUCUCCAGAAUUUCUACCUGCCCCCAGCAUUCAUGCCUCAUCGGGAAAAUUCCUGUCUUUUACCAGGCAGAAUUGGGGGUAACUUUAACCAUGUUUCCUUGAAAGCCCCCUGGGCUAUGGGCUCCCACUUUUGGUCAGAGCAGGGGUCAAAGUGGUUCCGUCCCUGGCCCUUUCAUAAAACAAGGGCCUAUGGUCAAGGUAAGAGUUUUGGGUUUCGGUGCCUCCAACCCCAGAGAUUUUAUUCACCUGAAAGAUUCACGAAAUUUUCAGGAACUGCUUGGGGACAUCCCAUGACUAAAACAAUUGGAAGACCACCAAGACUCGUGUCUCAGCAUUUACAGGCCUGGCCCAGGAGACCACAGACAAUGGGAGCUCUUGAAAGGUCUGGGGCAGUGGUCUCCCAGGGAGGUCACUCCCACUCCCCGGGUUUGCAGCCAGCAGAAGCAGCUGGGAAGCCACAGCCUAAGCAAGCCUAUGUCCAUAGAACACAGCCACCAAGGGCAACUGGGAAACCUAUGAAAACAACAUCUCAUAUUGAAGGUUUUUACUCUCAGGCCUUUCAACCAACAGGAGCCACACAAAAACCUAGGAUGUCCUCCUUCCAGCUCAACAUCAGCCCACUCAAGGAGCCGCUCGGCUUCAUCAAGGUCCUCGAGUGGGUGUCUUCUAUCUUUGCUUUUGCCACCUGUGGAGGUUUUAAGGGCAAAACAGAAAUUCAAGUGACUUGUUCUAAACCUAAUGAAACUAAAACGAUCACAGCUGCUUUUGGCUAUCCAUUCAGGUUGAAUGAAGCAUUAAUUCAGGCAUUUCCGGAUGCAAACGUGUGUGAUGUAAAUUGGAAAAAUUACGUCCUAAUUGGAGAUUACUCUUCUUCUGCGCAGUUCUACGUUACGUUUGCAGUCUUUGUCUUCCUGUACUGCUUAGCUGCCCUCCUGCUCUAUGUUGGUGAUACGAAUCUGUAUCGGGAUAGUCGAAAACUUCCCAUGAUUGACUUUGUUGUUACUCUUGUGGCCACUUUUCUGUGGUUGGUGAGCACUUCAGCCUGGGCCAAAGCUCUUACAGAUAUUAAAAUAGCGACUGGUCACAGUAUUGUCAAGGAACUUCCACCUUGUAACCAGCAAGAAGUGACAUGUUCUUUUGGCUCUGUGACUAGUAUGGGAUCCCUAAAUGUGUUCGUGAUCUUUGGCUUUCUGAAUAUGAUACUUUGGGGAGGAAAUGCAUGGUUUGUGUACAAGGAGACCAGUUUACACAGUCUGUCAAAUACUUCUGCUUCCCACAGCCAAGGAGGUAUUCCACCUCCUUCUGGAAUAUGAUUAAAGGGAGAAAUACACUGUACGAAGUCUACGUCUAUACUUUGACCUGUUGCCAACAUCUUGAGAAGCAUUAUUUGUUUCUAAUAAAAGUAAUGGCUUUUUCAAUAAAUUGGUGGGUUUAAAUUUUGCUGCUUUUUUAUAUAAAGCCUGUGUCUUUCCUAGAAAUUUAAGAUGUAAAUGUAUUCUCACAUGUAAAUUUGAAAAUUUAGGAGCCUAUUAUGAGAUGAUACACAUUUUUAAAUGACUGAUUAUUUCUUUACUAAGUUGUUUGCCUUCCAAAGUGUUUACACCUUAAGCCUUAACAUAUGUCUUUACUCAGAAAAGAGUUACAUUAUUAUAUCAUAAUAGGAGGAAAAAUCUCUAUUUGGAAUAUACACUACUGUAAGUUUGUACAGAUCAUAUUAUGUAAGACUUGUCUUUGUUUAAGAAAGCCUUGAUUACAUAUCAUAUUUAGGAAAAACAUUUAGUUCAGAAUUUGUAUCUGAACAUUGUUUAUAUGUUAUGAAAAACUUUUACUUGCAAAGACUGGUUGUAUGUUUUAUUUCUGUUUUUCUAAGUGACCUACAGUACUUAAUAGGUGUACUAAAAUUGUUUUGGGAACGGGGUUUGGAAAUUUCUGAUAGGUGUAUAGUUAAGUUAGUGAUUCUGUCGCACGAGGCAGAAACUUCCAUUAUGUUGGUUGUUUAACAGGCUUGCUAUAGAAGUAGAAAGAACGUGGUUCACCUCGAGACUUCGAUAUGUCCAGGCAUUACUCUCAGUGGUGUCUGUCUGCUGUCCUCUGUUGCUCGUGCUGCUUAAGUGCAGCCUGAGACCUGGUCUCCUUGCAAGCAGAAUAAAAUAAGGCACCUGUUCUUGCAGACCCUUUCAUAGGGUUAAGUUUAAGAUCGCCUUUUGCUUUUGAAACAUUUAACCUUUAGAUUCAAUGAAGUUGCUAUUUUGAGUGUAGCGUUGAUAUUGUGAAAAUAAAUGCAAUUUGGAUUUCA